AUGAAGAUCUCAUCGCCCCCGGGUCUGCACUAUCCCAUCACCGUGCUCGAGCUGCUCAAGAAGCGGGACGAUGACGUGAGCCGCUCGGAGCGCCUGUUCACGUACACGUACGAGAGCACCGUGGCCGAGACGGACAAGUGGGGACUCGAGAGCGACGUCAAGCGCAAGCUCAACGCCCAUUUCGAUGCGAGCACCGAGGGUAAAGUCUCGCGCUGGUUCAUCAAGGCCGGCGCCGUCAUUGCGCGCCCGGGAACCGAGCUGAUCGAGAUUGAGGAGCCAUGCACACACGAGAUCCAGUUCGGCGGCCUCUGUGCCGAGUGCGGCCAGGACAUGACCAAGAUGGAUCACCUCACGCAGUCGCGCAACACGGACCGCGCGACGGUCAACAUGACCCACGAUAACACCGCCCUGCUCGUCAGCCACAACGAGGCCCUGCGCGGUGAGGAGGAGACGAAGAAGCGCCUGCUGAGUUCGCGGAAGCUUACGCUGAUCGUCGACCUCGACCAAACCGUCAUCCACACCACCUGCGAGCGCACCAUUGCCGAGUGGAAGGCGGACCCCAAGAACCCCAACCACGCGGCGGUCAAGGACGUCGAAGGCUUCCAGCUCGCCGACGACAACGUCUCCCACGUCGCAGCAAACUGGUACUACGUCAAGAUGCGCCCGGGCCUGAGAGGCUUCUUCGACCGGGUCUCGAACAAGUAUGAGAUGCACGUCUACACAAUGGCCACUCGCGCAUAUGCGCAGGCAGUGUGUAAGAUCAUCGAUCCCGAGCGCAAGUACUUCGGCGACCGCAUCCUGAGCCGCGACGAGAACUACACGGACAAGCUGAAGAGCCUACAGCGGCUGUUCUACCACAACACAUCCAUGGUGGUCAUUAUCGACGACAGAGCAGAUGUUUGGCAGUACAGCCCCCACCUUGUCCGCGUCCCCGUCUUCAACUUCUUCCCCGGCGCCGGCGACAUCAACGCAAGCUUCCUGCCCAAACAACAAGAGCUCGUGACCCAGUCGCAACCCCUCGCAGCUCCCGUCAAAAAGGCCGAGGUUGCGCCAGCUGCCGAGAAGAACGCCGAGUUUACACCGGCGGAGGGCGCCAAUGGAGUCGGAGAAGCACUGGAACAGCAGCUGUUGUCUAUGGCGUCACCCGAGACACUUGACCAGCAAACAAAGGAGCAGGAACGGGUAAUCAUUGCGCAACAGACCGAGCGGCCGCUGCUUCAGCAACAGCUCAUGCAGGACAAGGCAGACGAGGAGGCGGAAGCAAGCGAAGAGCCAGACGCAUCAAACGGCGAGACAGAUCAUUCUGAGCAUUCCAGAAACCGGCACAGUAUUCUUCACGACGACGACCGAGGCCUGGACAUAGUCGAGAACAAUCUCAAUCGUGUGCAUGCCGCCUUUUACGACGAGUACAAGUCCUCGACAGCCGUAGGACCAGUGGGACGUGUAGCUGUGCUCAAAGGCGAAAGGAGCCCGAAGAAGCGUCCAACCGAGGUCAUCCCUGAUGUUGCUGAACUGAUGCCCUCGAUCAAGGAACGAGUACUGGGCCACGCCCGCGUGGUGUUCUCUGGCAUAAUACCGCUCGGUGCUGACGUGCAGUCGUCCGACUAUGCACUUUGGAUCAGCAGCUUUGGCGCAGAAGUAUCCACUAAAGUGACCAAACGGACGACCCAUGUCAUCGCCAACCCCGACCGGAAGACCACCAAAGUCAAGAAGGCUGCACGUUACAAGGAUAUCAAGAUAGUCACUCCCGAGUGGAUGUUUCAAUGCUGCUCAAGAUGGGAGCACGUUGACGAGACUCCGUAUCUUAUCGAGAUCGAUCCAGCUGAACGCGGCGGAACGCCUCUUGAGGACGAUAGCAUCGACGCAUCGGGUGAAGAGGAGAUUGAUGGUCUCGCCGAAUCACCAGUGACGGUCAAUCUGAACCCUGAAGACUGGGACGGUGUUGACGACGAGUUCGACGCAUUCAUGGAUGGCGAGGACACAGACGAGGAACGCGCUUCAGGGUCUGAAAGCGAACGUUCGGACGAUAGUACAGCGUCGACAUCAAGCAGGAGCCAAAAGAAACGAAAGCGUACCAACGGCAACGCGACUGAUGGGAGCGAGGCCGAGGAGAGUGACAGCAGCGUUGCAAGCACAUCCCGCCUCCAACGGCGGAAGAAGCGCACGAUGGAACGAGUAACGUCACUUACGAAUGUCGUUAGUGCAGAAAAAUCGUCGGGUCUACCGACGCCAGAAGCAACAGGCACAGAGGCUGUGAAUCUCGGCGUCGCGAAGACAGGACCGGAAGAGAAGGCCGUCGCACCAGACGUCCAAGACGACAACGACGAUGCUCUGGAGGCAGAGCUACUGGCUGGCUUUGAUAGCAGUGACGGCGAGGCAUGA